UCCAUCACUUCGAAGCUCCAAGGUUUAGUAACAAGCUAUAGCUGAGCACGUAGCUCGUAAUCAUCCAGCUUGGUCGCCGCCGCCGCCACCACUUGUCAGUUGUCACGUCGAUCGAUCGAUCAAAUGGAGCAGGAACAAGUGCUGGUGGUGCCUCAGGUGUCCGGUAACAGCUGCUGCACCUGUAGCAACACGAGCUCCGGCUCCCUGAACGCGUCGUCUCCGAGCUCCGACGACAGCAGCGCUGUCGCCGCGGGCAAGAAGCGGCCGCGCAGGGACCUGAAGCACCCGACGUACCGCGGCGUGCGCAUGCGCACCUGGGGCAAGUGGGUGUCCGAGAUCAGGGAGCCCCGCAAGAAGUCCCGCAUCUGGCUCGGCACCUUCGACACCGCCGAGAUGGCCGCGCGCGCGCACGACGUCGCCGCCAUCGCCAUCAAGGGCCGCGCCGCGCACCUCAACUUCCCGGGCCUCGCGCACGAGCUGCCCCGCGCGGCCUCGGCCGCGCCCAAGGACGUCCAGGCCGCCGCCGCGCUCGCCGCGGCCACGCCGUCGCCCGUCGACGCGCUCUCGCCCGACACCAUUGCUGCGAAGGAGCAGGAGGAGGAGAUUGAGGAGGUUUCGGAGCCGGCAGCCCCCGAGCAGGCACCAUCGCCGGAUUGUCUGUUGAUCGAGAAUGCAGGACCCGAAUAUGGCGGCAUUGGGCUCGACUACGCGUUUCUCGACGUGCCGGACUUCCUCCUUGAGUUCGGGCUCGCGUCGCCGGAACCGCCGUCCUACUGCGGUUCGCCGUGGGAUGACCUCGACGACAAUCUCUUCUUCGGGGAACCGUUGCUGCUCUGGGAGCACUGACGAUCGACGAUACAACCGGCCGGAUGCAUGCAUGGACCAGAUUCUCUUGCUGGAUCUCUUGGUCGAUAUGCAUGCUAGUGUUACAACUUACUAACCUCGGCAAUCUACACUAACAUCUUCGCUAAAGAUGGAACCAAUUCGUUUAAUUUGUUACUUUACAGGUCAAAUAAAAUUGAUGUCGCUUUAGGAGGCGAUAUCAUAUCAUGCGGUUGCGGUCAAGGUUUCAAGACCUGACUGCAACUUUGGUUUCCCGCUUUCAUCUUUUUUCCAGCUGAGGCGAGGUUCAGCUUGUAAUAGGGUACAAACGAUGGGUGCAUUAGCUAGCUAGCUGCUGCCAGUUCUUUUUUGCCCUGCAGCUCGAGGCCGAGCAGCAGGGUUUUUUCUGGUAGCGUUU